AUGGUGAAGAAGACUGUCUUGAAGGUUGAUAUCUCAAGCCAUAAAAGCAAGAAGAAGCUUCUUAAGGCAAUCUCCGGACUACAAGGUGUAGAUAAGAUUGAGGUUGAUAGUGCCAAGGGAACAAUAUCAGUAACAGGCGAUGCUGACCCAUACGAAAUCAUAGUCCGCACGAGAAAAGCAGGAAAAUUUGUUGAACUGGUCAGUGUUGGGCCUCCUCCUGCUCCUCCAAAACAGGAACCCCAAAAGAAACCUGAUGAACCCAAGAAAGGUAAUAAGAAGCCUGAUCCAAAGGCUGAAAUCCAUGAUCCUGAUACCUGUCCCGUUUGUCAGCAAAUGUCCUUUGUCUAUAUGGACCGCCAUGCGGAACUCAACACAGCAUGUUCUAUUAUGUAA